UAGAGAGAAUGCAGCUUUAACACAUGAAGCUUUGACUAGCUAGCCCUACCACAUCUCCCAGCAUCAAAACAGGAAGUCAGUUCUCAAGUAGUUUUGUGGACGACGAGUUUCAGCGAAGCGUCUCGGUGUGAUCGGGGUCUAAUUCUUCAUCGACACAGCGUAGGAAGGCACAUUGCUAUCGCCAGAUGAGUGACGACUUUGUUCAGCUCAUUUUCUGCAACCAGUGUAUUAGCUACCUAGGUCGCUAACUAGCAGACAGCAGGCUAGUCAGCUAGCUAGCUUGAUUCCACCAUUGUUUAAUGCUACACUUGUUACAGACAUUGAGACGAACAUUGGACUGAGCUAACCAUCCGUCUCUUCUUCCCGGCAAAUUGCGACAACAUUUUCUCACCGUUUCCUUUUCGUACCGGUCAAAUGACCACAGAGAACAGUGCGAUGUCUGUUCUGCUCCUGUUCUCUAGCCAUCGUGAAUCACUCACGCUCAUUACUUGGACUUAUACUAUUAUAAUAAACUUAUUCCAAUCAGCUGACUGUGAGCUUUUGUUUGACAGGGCAGCUCUAUGUGAUGAUGUCACCGCAGGAGGUUCUGACCGGGUGCAACCAACGGACAAUCGCACCUCGCACUCAGCCAUACAUCGCAAAGCAGGAAGCUCCUCGCGGCUCCAGAGACGAUAAACGGCGAGCUCAGCACAACGAAGUUGAGCGCCGGCGUCGGGACAAGAUCAACAACUGGAUCGUGCACCUGUCGAAGGCCAUCCCCGACUGUAACAUCGACUAUACCAAGACGGGACAGAGUAAAGGAGGAAUCUUGUCCAAAGCCUGCGAGUACAUCAAGGAGCUCCGACAGAGCAACCUGAAGCUGGGAGACGACAUCAGCACUUUGGAUCGACUCCGGAUCGACAACCAGCUGCUCAGACAGGAGGUCAGGGGUCAGCUGGAGUUUAGGGAUCAUUCCAUUUAUAUAUUUGUAACAUAUUAUAAACUCUACAGCACGUACGAUACCAUUAGCCAAUCAUUGAUAAUCCAUAUUAACAGAUACAGAUCCCUUUGUUUGAUUAGAGCAGCUGGUCUACAAGGAUCCACCGUCACA